AUGGCGACUCCCGAACUACUGCCCCUCCCCGCAAGUAUACCUUCAUUCCCGAAGUACCUCGCCGAAAACAAGGAUAAGCCCGUCAGAGAGUUACUUCAACCAUAUCUCAACCAUGAAAACCGCAUCCGUGAACUCUUCGGUCAAGACCCGGCAAAUCCGGUGCUGGAAAGCAAGUAUCUCGGCCUCGUACCCGUGUACGCGGGGCACGAAGAACACAUUGAAAUCAGAGCUCGAAGUCUGAAAUCCGAGUCUGAAGAUGAGAAAAAGAAGUAUAUUUUACCACUUGAAGAUGAAGAACGAAAAAUUAGUGGAGAAAAGGCAAUUGUCGGACUUGAACAGUUUAAAAAGAAUUUUCGUAUUUACGGCGAAAGUGCUCUUGUGAAUCUGGAUUGGAACAACGUUGUCGCAGCAGGAUCGAGUGUCAUGACAGCCCUUCUAACCAUCCCAGAAGAACACCAAAAAUCACAUAAAUCUCUACGACAAUAUUACAAGAAAAUAUCACGUGAGCAAAUUGAAAGAAAUGAAGAGCCAUACAUCGACCUAUUUCUGUAUGGCCUUGACGAAGCUGCUGGUUUGAAGAAACUGGAGCACAUUGAAUCGACAGUUCGAGAUAACAUUCUCUGGGAUAUGACAUGUGUCAGGACCAGAGAUACCCUUAUAAUAGUCUCAAAAGCCCCUAACCGUCCUAUUCGGGUUCAGUUGCGUCUAUACUCCAGCAUUAGUCAAUUACUCCACUCUCCGGAAUUCGGGGUAGAAUGUGCUUGUGUCGCAUACGAUGGGGAGCAGAUUUACACCACUCCGCGAGGAGUCACAUCUUGGAUGUUGAAAUCUAAUAUGGUAAAUACUUCUCAACUCGAUUUACUGGGAGAAUACGAGUCGUCACUUUAUAGAUACUCAUUUCGCGGGUUUGAAGUUUUCUAUGGAAACUUACAUCGAAAUUCUAUUGACCCCUCGAUAUAUAAAUUCUCAACGAACCAGCUUCAAGGGCUCGCAAAACUACUUGUCUUCGAACGAACCCCUCGAGGUCCUAAUCGUAGGAAAUCCAAAGCUGAAAAGGGGGAAAUAAACGGAUGGGAAGUAUCAAUCAAAUAUGGUAAAGAUCAUGACCCUCAACAAGAUCGACUCAGAAAGUGGGUCUCAGUCGACACCGAAAAUGGUAUCUACGAUCGAGAUCUCGAACUCAACGAGUGGAAAGGAGAGGCUCAGAAGGAUCGAGUGGCUUAUCUUCACCGUCACCCAGCAUUCGUGGGGGGCUUCGAGUAUGUCAAAGGAGACUGCUGCGAAAACUGUCCUAUUCCGCAGACAGCAGAAGAAUUAAGCCUUCAAGCAGAAGAUGACCAGCACUAUGUCCGAGGGAAUAUCUACUUUCCCGAGCCCCCUUUGCGGCCUACAUUAGAAACUGAAGAAACCUGGGCCGAUACGGCAUAUAUUAGGGCGGAAGAUGAAGUGCUCCAUCGAGCAAUCGCUGAGUUAGACGCUGAGGCCGUCAGAAACCUGGUACAAUCCUGGCCAGAAGACAGCCUGAAAAAAAAUGUCAACAGACGAAGCUAUACUGGAAGAACGCCCCUGCAACUAGCCGUGCUUUCCAGUUCACCAGAAAUAGUCGAUAUUCUUAUAAAAUCAGGAGCUAGACUGACAGCACGACUCUCGGAUGGGCGCAACUCAUUGCAUCUUGCAGCCGCGAGAGGGGACCCCGAAAUAGUGAAACUUUUACUCCUGAAGAGUGAUCAGAACGAAGAGCUUAAAAUGGAAAGGGAUGAUAGGGAACGAGCACGAGAGUAUGCGACAACUAGACGCUUAAUUCAAAGAGAAUCAUCCGGUGAUAGUAUCGAGAGCUUUGAGGACGUUGAUUACAGCGUCGAAUUCGAAGAUGACCUCGAUGUUGUAUCGACAAUACAUGGUGCUACAUCAGUUUCUGUCCACACUGGCGCAUCUUCAUUUGUUGAAGUCACGAAGAAGACCGAAGACUCAGAAAGUGGUGAAGUUGACGACGCAGAUGCCGUAGACGAUGUUCUCGACAUCAACAUGGUGGACAGGACUUACAGAAUGGCACCAUUCCACUAUACCAUUUUACACGACAACAAAGAGGUUCUGACAAUGCUUGUGUCUGAAUUUGGAGCAGAUAUUCUCCGCCUUUAUGGAGGACAAGAUCCUGGCAUACUACCAAUAACUUUAGUCCAAUAUAUCGGCCAAAAGAACCGACGUGAGGACAUGCUGAGGACUCUAUUGAGAUUAGGUGCAUCGUCAUCGCAGGUUGACAUUCAAGGUAUCCCAGCAAUCAUACGGAUGGUUCAGGUAUGCGAUUUAGAUUGUUUGAAGAUUAUAUUCGAAGAAGACGGCGCAUCUGCAGUGAUAUCUGCACAAUCCUCGGUGAAGCAUAAACCUGAUUGUUUCGGUACACCACUUCUGGAUAACGCUUUGACGGCUGCUAUAUUUCUCCGUGACAAAGCAAAGGCUUGUUUCCUAUUAGAAAAAGGAGUCUCACCUAACCUUACUACCGGAAAAUAUAAGGGGAAACUGUGUUAUACUCCGACUAUUGACCCCGAAGAGGACGAGAAUUGGUCUGUACAACCAUCAGAAAUUGCAAUUAGAAUGGACCUACCAGAGGUCUUCAGGAAAUGUGUCGAGCUCGGGGUCGACUGUUCUAGGUAUACACAUGGCAGCUGUAAACAGCAGGUUAUUUAUGGCGGUGGUUACAAGAACCAGGAUAUGACAUACCUGGAUUUACUGCAGCAAAAGGUCAUUCAGUUCGAUAAUAUGUUGAAGAAAUUACCAAAGCCGGUUGUUUCCCUGCCCCUAGGCUUCGUCGAAGGUACCUAUGAGUAUUGGCUAGCCUCUAGACUAGUUAACAAGGAGAACGAAAGACGGCAAAAGGAAAGUAUUGAAAAGAUAUCAGAAGGCUACCUAUACGAUAAAGAUUCCUAUCAAUCCGAGAAAGAGAGACUAGAAGGAUUAAAGGCAAAGUUCGAAGAGCUAGUUGCAUGGGUUAUAUCGAAGGGUGGCAAAACAUAUCAAGAACGAACGGGGGAAAUCGAGCUUCCCUCUGAAAGAGAUUUCCAUGAACCAACCAGCAUCAAACCCAAUGCGAAGCCUGGCGAUGAUGGGAAAGAAGGGAGAGACGAGACUGAAGGGGAGGAAAUCCUCUUGGAAGUAUCCCCUUCAUGGGAAUACCUCGGUGUCGAUGACGAAGCUAUGAAGAAAACCUAUCGGCGGAUCUUCGAAGCCGCCUGGAAUGGAGACGAAGAAGCAUUGAAGAAGGAAUUCCUAGGUGCGGCUUCAAAUGAAGGAGAAAAUAUAACGCAUAAGGUCGGCACUCAAAACGAAAUCGGGGACACUAUACUAUCAAUUGCAGAGCACAGAAAUCACCCAAAAGAAUUCGUGGACCUGAUCCACGAUAUCGCAACCUCCCAAGGCUUCAAAUUUGAAACUGAACCUCAGAAACUUACCAAAGAGCGGACCUCCGGGAACUUCGGAUUCCGAGCCUUACGCACAACCCCAGAGGAUGACUAUAAUAGCGUUGAAGGCUUCGACCUUAUCCGCGACCAAGGUAUCGAUAUCAAAGAUCUAGAAGAAGCGUUCAAAAUCUACGGGUUAUCCCAACUAAAACAUUCCGGUAUGGAUUUCGAAUUCUCCGAAGCCGAUACUGCGGUCAGAGAUUCCGCUUAUCUUGGCCUAAGCAUCGACGGCCAAAGAAGAGCAGACCCUAAACAGAAGCGUGAGGUUAAAGAACAUACACCACGAGUAAUGUGCGACGGGCGGAACGACCAACCAAUAGCACUAUACGCCGCAUACCACGGUUCAUUGGAAGUAUUAGAGUGGCUCGGCACAGACGGCCCAGAACUAGCACUCCGAGAGUACCAACAGCAUCUUGAAGAAAAAGUGAGACUAAAACAAUUAGAUUCAGAGAAUAACGAGGAAGAAGAACAGGCUCCGGAUCCUCCACUAUACAUCCCGCUGUGGCAACAAACUGCAGCCCAAGAGGGAGAUGUUUUCCUUGGAAUGCUUCAAAGGGCAGAUAAGGAUACUAUCACACAAUGGCUGGGUGUAAAUCACCCACUUUUACCACACGUUGUAGUCUCGAAUUUCCUCCUAGGAACGAAUAAGACGGACCGAGAAAAAGUUGCAUGGUAUACAAGAGUCUUGAAAUUCAUCAUGACACGCUUAGGACCGGAUUCUAUAAAUUCAGCGGAGAAUUCCGUUCAUCUUUCACCUUUAUUCCUCGCGGCUUCAAUCCGGAACAAAUGCGCGAUGGAAGCCCUUCUAAACCUCGGAGCCGACUUGCACGCUAAACACAACAGCGAAGAACUUAAUAUAGUCCACAAUCUCUUCGACACUGCAGGUCUUUCUAGAGCUCGUGGGGAUCUCGAUUCAAUUAAAGCCUGUCUUGAUCUUCUACCCGCAGACUUCAAACACUGGGCAUUUACCAACAAACAAACCAAACCAUUCGAAGAAUUUAAGAUAUUAUGUCGAGGCUAUCCUCCUUUAUCCAUCGCCAUGAUUGCUAUAACUUACCCAGGAUCAAUCAAUCUCAACUCUCGAAACUCCCAAGGAGAUUUACCACUCCACAUUACCGCAAAAUUCGGAUCCUUAGAAGAUCUCCAAUAUCUCCUCGACAUCUCGACACCAGAACAAAUACUUACCGAAGAUACCGAUGGGAUGACACUCGCAGACCUUAUAGAUAAGAUAUUUUACAACAAAGUUAUCAAGAACCAGAUGCCAAGGAUGAGCAAUACCGCACUGUAUUCUGAAUACGGGGGCGGCACACCAAUAUUCUCUACGGGAAGAGAAAUCAUUCGGCCCUCCAAAAAAACUCGAGAACUCCGACUAGGCGGGACUGAGAAGUCAACAAAUCUUAGGGUUGAAGAGUGGGGGUUGGAUGCAAAUGACUUACGAUAUGGGAGUGGUGAGAAAAUGGUGCAAAAGGUCUAUAAAGAAGCCGUAGAAAAACUUGGAAAGCGAAGGAUAUUGGUUUCCUUGGGUGAUGUGAAUAGGGCAUGUGCAGCAAACUUAGAGGCUAAUAAGGAACGCCGGGCUAAUCACCGUCAAGGAUCUGAAGAUAUUGAUCCGAGUAGUGAUGAUAUUAUCAGCCAAUGGAGCGGUCGUAAUUGGGAUUUCUAUAAUUAA